AUUUAUACCACACACUGCGCUAUGCAAAAAUAUAUAUUUGGGGGGACUGGAGAAUUAUGUUUGAUGUUCAGACCUCCAGAACGUGUGAAUGCAGAUGUGAGAAAAACCUACAGGAGCAGAAGUUGCAAAACUGGGAGGGGAUUUCCCCCACCCUUCAAGUCAGCAAUGGGAUAUGGUAAUUAGAGCUAGCCAAUGUGGGCUAGCUACUCCACUGUGAGACAUAUAAGGAACCCGUUUUGGCAGGGGCUACAUCAUUUCACUCUGUCACUUGAGAAUUGAGAAUUUUCCCUUUCCAACGAAAGGUUUCCAAAGCUUCUGUUCCUCAAGGAGCCCGAGAAGUUCAGAAUCUCCAACCUACAAUGGAAAUCUCGGAGAGCUGCCAUUUUUCCCCUACGCAGGUCUUUUAUGAUAACUCUUGCAUGUCUUCGCCAGAGGCCUCUGAAUUCGUUGACAGCUUCGACCAAAGGCUGGCUGUUCUGGGGGAGCUUCAAGGCUCGGACGAAGAUGAGCAUGUGAGAGUCCCCAGUGGCCACCACCAGGCUGGUCACUGCCUGAUGUGGGCUUGCAAAGCCUGCAAGAGGAAAUCCAGCACAGUGGACCGCAGGAAGGCAGCGACCAUGCGGGAGAGGAGGAGGCUGAAAAAGGUGAACCAGGCUUUCGAGACUCUCAGGAGGUGCACGUCAGCCAACCCGAACCAGCGGCUGCCCAAGGUGGAGAUCCUGCGCAAUGCCAUCCAGUAUAUUGAAAGCCUUCAGGAUCUCCUGAGAGAGCAUGUGGAGAACUACUGGAGAACUCCAGGCAGCCUGCCUGGAGAGAGCAGCUCAGAACCUGGGAGUCCCACCUCCAACUGCUCGGACGGAAUGAUCGAGUGCAACAGCCCAGCUUGGUCUCGGACGAACAGUGGCCAUAGCAACAUGUUCACUCAGGAAAUACAAAAUGUGACCUACAGUGAGAGGGCUCCUGUGGUGUCUAGUCUAGAAUGCCUGUCAAGUAUCGUGGAACGACUUUCUUCGGCUGACCCUUGUGGUCUGGUAACAAGAGAUGUAUCUGUCCUAUCACCAUCAAGCCCUGACUCCCAACCCCACACCCCUGGGACCCCUUCAACAAGACCCAUUUAUCAUGUGUUGUGAAGCAUCUGUUACCAAACCAGCACAUAUCCUGAUAAUAUAUUCAUUAUGCUUUCACUGUGUGGUGUGGGUAGUGGCAUGUUAAGGAAUGCCUAUUGCUAUGGCUAUGUACUGUAUAUAGGAACUACAUACAAAAUGUAUAUAGGUAAUGUAAAUAUACCAGUUACUGUAAUCUUUUUAUACUUAAAAUAUAUUUAAUUGAACAAGUGUUAUUAAAAAACA